AGGAAGCAAAAACAGCGUUAAAGAAAAAUGUCAUAAAUCGCUUCUAUGCAGAUGGAUGGAAUGUAGCGUAUUUAUACAAUGAAUAAGAGAAAGCCCAGUGUCUUGAAUGCUGUAAAGCCCAGUAAGUUUCGAAGGACAGAUGAAGCAACUCAUGUACAAGAGGAUGAGGACAUUGAUGAAGAGAUAUGCUUUAAUCAGGACCUUCCAUUCUUAACCUCGAGUGCUGGGGAUAUUGGUGUCAUUGAGAGCAUCUCCCUAAAGAACUUUAUGAGUCAUCACUUGCUUGAGCAAUUUGAAUUUGGACCAAAUGUAAACUUUAUUGUCGGAAACAAUGGAAGUGGGAAGAGUGCUAUCCUUACUGCUCUUAUUGUUGGCCUGGGUGGAAAAGCAACUACCACUAAUAGAGGGGCAUCUUUGAAGAGUUUCGUAAAAUACGGAGAAAGUUCUGCUGAAGUCACAGUAAAACUGAGAAACAGAGGCAGUGAUGCUUAUAAAGGUAAUAUAUAUGGAGACUGCAUCUCUGUUGAACAGAGGAUUACAAGUGAUGGCUGCAGGACAUGCAAAAUCAAAAACAAAAGUGGACGUGUUGUCUCUACAAAAAAAGAAGAGUUAACAGCAAUAUUGGACCAUUUUAAUAUACAAGUUGACAAUCCUGUUACAAUUCUUAACCAGGAAAUGAGUAAACAGUUUCUGCAUUCAAAAAGUGAAGCAGACAAGUACAAGUUUUUUAUGAAAGCCACUCUGCUAGAGCAGAUGAAAAGAGACUACAUCCACAUCAAGCAGACCGAAGAAGUUACACGCAACCAAGUGGAGAGACAGGAGGAGUGUUUGAAAGAUCUCAGACAGUUGUAUUUUCAAAAGAAAGAAAACUAUGAUCGUUUAUCAUCGCUUGAGAAAAUGAGGCAGACUCUGGAAGAUUUGCAGAAGACGAUGGCAUGGUGUUUGGUGAGAGAGAAGGAGUGGCAUGUACAACAGCUGAUGGAACAAAUCGACAAAGAACAGAGUAACAAUGUACAUGAACAAAAACUCCUUCUGUGUCAGAACAAAGUCACCCAUGCUGAAAAGAGACUGCGGGACAUUCAGAUGACGCUCCGGAAAGUUAAAGAGGAGGAGGAAUGUCUAGUGGAGGAAAAUCGAAAAAUGAAAGAAGAGGCCAGGCUUAAAAGCAAAGUUCAGAAGAGCCAGGAAGUGGUGUACUUCCGUGCUGAGAACAAACUAAAACAAUUAGAAAAGGAGCAAUGCCUUCUUAGGGAGAGAAUUCAUAAAAUAAAUAAUAGUAAUGAGAAAAGGAAUCAUGAGGCAGAGCAGACACAGCGAAUAAGGAAAAUAUCCAUUCUGAAAAAGCAGCUCGAAAAACUUGAGGCUGAGUCUGCAAAUUUUAAUCAGGAAAUCGAAGACAAACAGCAGGCUCUUUUGAAAGGAAGGGAAGAGUAUGACAAACUAAGCAUGGAGGAGAAAAACAUACAGGUUUCUCUGGAGUCCAAACUGAAAAGAAUAAAACAGCUGACUGCAAGCAGAUCCAACAGACUAAGACGAUUUGGUGAUCAUAUGCCAGAACUUUUGGAAUCGAUUGAUAAAGCCUACGCUCAAGGACGCUUUAUUAAGAAGCCGGUUGGACCAAUCGGUGCAUGUAUCAGUCUGAAAGACCCAAGUUUAGCAGUGGCUGUGGAAAGUUGCUUACGGAGUUUCAUGAAAACGUUUUGCUGUGACAAUUACAAAGAUGAAAAAGUUCUACAAGAGCUGAUGUCUCCAUACUUUUCUAAAGGCAACAGGCCCCAGAUUAUGGUGUGUUCAUUUACAGAUCGCAUUUACAGUGUUCAGAAUAGAGGUGUGCACCAUCCAGACUUUCCAUCUGUUUUAGACACUCUCAUCAUCGACAACCCUGUGAUAACAAAUUGUUUGAUAGAUAUGAGAAGCAUUGAAUGCAUUCUUAUCAUCAGGGAGGCUGCCAUUGCCAGAAGAGUCAUGCAAGCAGGAAGGGCACCCAGAAAUUGCCGUGAAGCUUUUACAAUAGAGGGUGAUCAGAUCUAUACCAAUCGCAAUUACACCCCUGCAAGUGAAGUCAUAGUUAAAUACCUCAGUGGGGAUCCGGAGGCAGAAGUUCGUCUAGUGCAAUCAGAAGUGGAAAAUCAUCAAGCACAGCUCGCCAGGUUUCGAAAUCACUUAAGCUCAGUAAAGCAAGACGUUAAGUCCAUGGAGGAGAAGCUGCUCAGUGCUAAAAUAGCAAGCAAGAAAAAUCAGGAAACUAUGAAUCGGGUUAAAGCCAACAUAGUUGAACUUGAGAACAUUGAGGAGACACAGACCGAAGAUAUAAGCUCCCUGGAAGAAGAAGCUCAAGAGAAUGAGCAGAAAAUUAAGUUGGAGAAAAAAACUGUAAAAGAGGCACAGGAUGAACUGGAAAAACACAAUAAGGCUUUUUUGGAAAUGGAUCAAAAACACAAAGAUGUGAAAAACAAGAGAGAACAACUCACAGAUGAAGCAGAACAGCUGAAGGAGGAGCAGGUGAAAGCUGAAGCUGAGUGCAGUAAACUUAAUAACGCGCUGAAGAUUUUGGAAAGAAAACUCAAGGAUCACCAGGACAAUAUCCAAGCUAUGAAAGAGGAAGUGGCUGACAGAGAAGAGGAGAAAAAGGACAUUGAAGAAAAAGCAAAAGAAAUCUGUCCUGAGCCACAAUGCCCAGAUCGAAGUGCCAAGAGCAUUGACACAGAGAUUACGAGUCUUCGCCAGAAGAUCAGCUCACAGGAGAGCAUCUAUGGUAAUCAUGAGCAAGUAAUCAGGGAGUACGCUGAGGCUCACAAAAAUUACAAAAACAAAUCCAGCCAACUGAGAGAUCUAAAGAAAUUCAUUGAUCGUCUGGACAACAUUAUGACUGACCGACAGGCACGAUAUAAAACAUUAAGAAGAUCUCUCUCUGUGAGAUGCAAGCUAUACUUCAACAGUUUUCUUAUCAGUCUUCACUGCUGUGGAUCAAUGAUGUUUGAUCACAGCAGUGAAUCUCUCUCCAUUUCGGUGAAGCCACCAGGUCAGGAGAAUGAUAGCGUCAGUGACAUGCGCACUCUGUCUGGUGGAGAGCGCUCUUUUUCCACGGUUUGCUUCAUUCUGUCCCUGUGGGAGAUUACAGAAUCCCCAUUUCGGUGUCUGGAUGAGUUUGAUGUGUACAUGGACAUGCACAAUCGUCAGAUUUCACUGGACCUGCUUAUUCGACUCACUGAGCGUCAACGUCACCGCCAGUUUAUCUUUAUCACCCCGCAGAGCACCAGCAAUCUGCCCAAAAGUAGUCAUAUUAAAAUCCACCAGCUUCAAGAUCCAGAGAGAGAAACAGAUAGGGAGGCGUCAUAGUUCCCUGUCUAAUGAAUGGACUACAGUGUGUUGUUCUUAAGAAGGUUAUGUUUUAUAUGUUUUUAUAUGUUUACUUCUCAAAGCAUGUUUUGCCUGAAUUUUAUGCAUUUAUCACUCAUUAUUUCACACUUUAUUUAGAUCCUAAUAAUAGUCAAACUUUUCACUGUAACUACUAUCAGAACAACAAUAGUUUUUAUGUCUUUAUUAAACACAUUAAAUAUUCACAGUCCAAGCUGAAAGUGAGCCAUCCAAUUAAGUAACUGCUAGAACCUCCUUAAGAAUAAUGUGUCCUUUAGCUCAUCAGUCUUGCAAAGUGGCAAGAAUAAAUUUUAUGGAAAUGUAUAUUAACUGUUUUUUUAAUUAGUCACGUGUCUUGGUUCAUUAAGCUUCAUCUAACAAAUUAUUUCCCUAAAAUUAUCCUGUAAAAUUUUCUGAUACAGUUUUCAGUUUAUUUUUUUUUUUAAAGCAGCACAGUGGCACUGCUGGCUGUGUGGGUGUCACACUUAUUAUUGACUAAUAAACACCACAAUCUUUAUGUACAA